AUGGACCAAAAGUCCGUUGUCUCUAAUAGAACGCGCUCCAGGUUCUCUUCUGCCUCAUCUAAGGCCUUAGCUGUCCGUGCCGAACUGGAGAUGGCUAAAGCAGGCCUGCUCUUCGUGAAGAGAGAGAAUAAACUGCGCGAAGCAAAGGCUAAAAUGGAGUCUGAAGAGAAAACUCUAGAGGCUCAAAGGGAGAUAGCUCUCAAAGAAGCCGCACUAAAGGCCUUUGAAGAGUAUGUCUCGCUUAGUGAGGAAAAAUCCAGCAUCCACCUUGACCAGACUCCUGCCGAUCCCAUGCAGCGUACGAGAGAAUAUGUGGCCGAACAGUCGGCUCAACUCAACUCACAACCUGCCGCCCCGCAAUUGGUACAAUCAUCUGCCCUGCAACACACACGCUCUCCUGCAUCCCAAUUCGAUCAGCCCACCAACUCAGAAGCCUCCUUCCGCUACUUCCCCGAUCCAUCUGAUGAUCAUCGGAGGAGGUGCUCAACUGAAAACCGCCAUGACCAUUCCAGUGACUUAAUGCGUUACUUCGCCCGGCGUGAAUUACUUCAAGCCAGUAUGCUGAAAUUCUCGGACAGACCUAAGGACUAUCGAGCAUGGAGACGUUCAUUUCGCAACUCCAUUGUCGACCUGCAUUUGACACCGAGUGAAGAAAUGGACUUGCUUGUGAAAUGGCUCGGCCCUGCCUCCACUGAGCAUGCCAACCGUUUAAGGACAGCCUACCUUAACCAUCCUGAGAAGGGCCUGCAUGAAAUAUGGAAGCGUUUGGAAAAAUGCUACGGGUCCCCUGAAGCCAUCGAAGACUCACUCUUCGAAAGGAUCCAUAGGUUCCCAAAGGUAACCAAGGACUACGACAGACUGAGGGAGCUAAGCGACCUCCUCACCGAACUCCAAGCAGCUAAGGAUGAUGGUGAUCUCCCCCGGCCUUGCCCUCCUGGACACUGCUCAGGGUCUCAGGCCUAUUGUGGAGAAGCUUCCGCCUACACUACGAGACCAAUGGACCUCCCAUGGCACGACAUACAAGCGGAAACACCAAGUGCCAUUCCCCCCAUUCUCGGUGUUUACUAA